UAUUUCCCGGUUGCUUUUGGCCUCUUCCCCCAUGUCGUUUUCCCGGUUUUGUGAUUCUGUUGGCUCCCUUCCCUCCCUCCCGCCUUUUCACAAAUAAGGAUUAAAAUCAGUUCGAAGUGAAUCUAGUUCUGAGCACUGACGGGGUGGGGAGGGCGAGAAAUUAAUAGAAAUUUACAAAUAUCGUACAAUCCUAAGGGAUUGUGAGUGCGAGAGACUGAGGCAGAAGGCCGAUCUCUCGUCAUUUGUUCGUUUUUCUUUGAGAAGGGGAGGAGUAAACUUCUCUUAAGGAAAGAGGAGUGGGGUGGAAUAACCAGACGGCCGCGGGGUUUUGUUUUUUUUUUGUUCCCUUUUCGGUGAGCGGUGUUGGUUGGUGCUGACGGACGCUGGGGUCGGGCCCGCUAGGCCGCGGUUACCCUGGUGACCGGCGGUUGGCGCGCGACGACUGCCAUCCUCGCCCCUCCCCCAAACAUCACGCAUGCGCCUGAGCCCCUUCUCUCCUCCCCGUCCCCUGAACCUCCCACCCUGUACACAGUCUAUCUCUCUCUUCCCUCUAUCAGACUGUUCCGCUGGCCCUGCAUCGUUACGGUUUUCUCUCCGGCCCGUUUCUUCCUCUCUCACCAACCGAAAACAAAAGGCCGAUCGAAUCCCAUCCGCAGCUCCCCUUUCUUCCCCUUCCCCCCCGCCUCCCACAGGAGGAGGAGGAGGUAGUAGUAGUAGUGGCGGCGGAGGAGGAGGUACUACUGCUGCUGCUGCUUGGAGGAAGAAGAAAGAAGAGGAGGAGGAAGGGGGGGAAGCAGCAGUAGCAGUAUGGGUGCUUACCUGUCGCAACCCAACACGGUGAAGAACUCCUGCGAGCAAUGCACAGACAAAUACAACUUCGGCGUCUCCGCCAUGCAAGGUUGGCGGGUCUCCAUGGAGGAUGCGCACAACUGUAUCCCGGAAUUGGAUGAAGAGACUGCUAUGUUUGCAGUUUAUGAUGGCCAUGGAGGUGAAGAAGUGGCGCUGUAUUGUGCCAAGUACCUGCCUGAUGUUAUUAAGAGCCAACAGGCCUAUAGGAGUGGAAAAUUGCAGAAGGCACUGGAAGAUGCCUUUCUGUCCAUAGAUAGCAAGCUUACAGAGGAGAUGGUGAUCAAGGAACUUGCCCAGAUUGCGGGCCGACCUCAGGAGGAUGACGGCGAGAAGGUUGCUGAUGAAGAUGACGUUGACCAUGAGGAGGCUGCACUUUUACAUGAAGAGGCUACAAUGACAAUUGAAGAGUUACUCACCCGAUAUGGACAAAACCAGAACAGUGCUAAACAUUCAAAGAGCAAAACUUCCCCCACUGUUAAGAAACCUCUACCGAAAGAUGACGAUAAAAACAAGUCCGAAAAGGAGAUAAAUGGAGAGUUGGAGAGCAGCGAAGCAGGCAUGGGUGAAAUAAAGAACAAAAAUGGGAAAUCCGAGGUGACUGUAGGAAUCUCCUCUAGUUCUGAAUACAGGAGUGAGGAAGUUGGACUGGCAAGUGGAGAUAGCACUACUGGGUCUGGUUCAGAUAAAGAACCUGCCAAAGCCAGCAAGGGCACCUCUGAAGAGGCUGUUGUGUCAUCAUCCACGGCUGAUGCUGGGCCAUCCUGCUCGUCAUCUGCCAAAUCACAGCGAGCGGCUAAGUCUGUCUUCUUUGAGGACAGUGAGGAUGAAUCUGAAGAAGCAGAAGAAGACGACAGUGAAGAGGAUUGCAGUGAAGAGGAAGAAUACAGCAGUGAUGAAGAGGAGGAGGAGGAGGAGGAGGAAGAGGAGGAGGAAGAAGAGGAAGAGCAAGAUGACAGUGAUGAAGCAGAAGAGGAAGAUGAUAUUAUGUUGCCAGGAAUGGAUGGUAAAGAGGAGCCUGGCUCUGACAGCGGCACGACUGCUGUUGUGGCCCUGAUCCGUGGGAAGCAACUGAUAGUGGCGAAUGCUGGCGAUUCCCGGUGUGUUGUUUCAGAGAGUGGCAAGGCAAUUGACAUGUCUUAUGAUCACAAACCAGAAGAUGAAGUGGAACUGGCCAGGAUCAAGAAUGCUGGUGGAAAGGUUACUUUGGAUGGGAGAGUCAAUGGAGGUUUGAACCUUUCUAGAGCAAUAGGUGAUCAUUUCUACAAGAGGAAUAAGAACCUUCCUCCAGAGGAACAGAUGAUCUCAGCACUACCUGACCUCAAGGUGUUGACAUUAAAUGAUGACCAUGACUUUAUGGUAAUUGCAUGUGACGGUAUAUGGAAUGUAAUGAGCAGCCAGGAAGUAGUCGAUUUCAUCAGUGAACGCAUCAACAAAACUGAUGAGAAUGGAGACUUGAGGUUGCUGUCCUCCAUAUCUGAAGAGCUCCUAGACCAGUGUUUGGCACCUGACACAUCAGGAGAUGGUACUGGAUGUGACAAUAUGACAUGUAUUAUCAUCACUUUUAAACCACGGCCUGUGAAAAUCCAGGCUGACUGCAGCAAGCGAAAACGUCCCAACUCAACAGAUGAGGAAAAAGAAAAUGGGAAGAAAGCGAGAAACGAAUAACAUGGCACAUCCAAGGAAAUGGUUGGGGAAGGGGUUGUUUGGAGUCAACUGAGGCCUGACAUCAUUAUGUAAUUAAUGAACCUUGAGAACCUUUUUUAAAAAAGAGCAAGCGGUUGCUGGAAAUUGUAUAAAAAUAAAUCUGGAGUAUUGUACAAUGUAGCCUUAGUUUACGCCCUAGGUUACCGUGUGUAAAGCACACAUCCAUUAGCAGCAGUCAGUCCAGGAACCCUACAUUGUAGCACACUGGCACUUGGAGACAAAAAGAAGUGGCUGUCUAUUGAGUUUAUUGUUGUGAGGGGAUUUUGAUGUCUGGAAAUGUCCAUUCCUUUUUUCUCAUGGGGUCUUUGAUACAGGAAAUACUUUGUUUCACUCCACAAAGAAACACAAAAUACUUAAGAAGCCAAAUUAGAUAGUUCUUAAAUGUUGCAGGAAUCAGAAAUGAGGACUUUUUUUUUUCAAAAAUAACUUUUUUUUUAAAAGAAAGGAGUGUGGGAUAAAAUAUGCAUCAACACACCGAGGUUUGCUUCAAAAGAAUGCCACUUGUCUCUGCUUGAAGAUGGAAAAUAUCAGGUCAUAGUGAUAGUAGUCACUUUUGUUCCAGCCAUCCUUUCGUGUUGAGAUGAGGUGGCAAAACAUUUGGGGCUCUGGAAUUUUUUCAAUGUUUCAAUUUUUAAAAACAAAAAUCAAGAGAACAUUAACAUUUUUGAGCGAUAUGUAUUUGUAAACAUUAAGGCAAUGUUGGACUUCAAAGGGAUUUCAGUUUCCUUUUCAAUUCCUUUGUAUACCUGCAUUCACUCCAAAUGACUGUCAACAUCGCCAUAGAUAUCAAAAAGAUGAAGUCGAGAAGCUGCACUGCCCUGUGAAUGCUACAUCAGAGAGGAACUUUCAACCACUUUUAUAUAUUAAAAGAAAACAAUUUUUAAUUUUU